UAAGUUUCUGUCAUGGUUUCCUGUGCUUCUCUUGCAAUAAGAUAGUACAUUUGUUGACUCUCCUGUUAUUGUUUUAUUCAAUAAUCUACAUUCAUCGAAAUUAGAAUUUAAACAAAGCCAAGUUAAAGUGCAUUACUGAGUUACUGAGGACAGCCUUGUUUUUCAACUGCAUGUCAUGUGGGCACACCUCGUUUUCAGAGCUGUACAAACAUGUUCCUCACUCACAAGAUGACGUAAAUUGAGGGAAAAACAGGCAUGGUCAUGCCAUCUAAGAAGAAAUCAAAUGCACCAGUCUGCAGGUUAUGCAGUCUGAUAUGCAGACCAUAUGCAUUACUACAGGCUUGUUUCCUUUGGACAUUGUUCUGUUUGGCUCUAUGGACAUUGACUGAUGGGAUCCACAUCAAAAUAUUUCAGCCCACCAGACCUAAACCAGUUCCUUGCAAUAACAGUUCAUCCAUAAUAUCUGCGUUUGACAUGGGAAUCAGUGAUGAGGAGUGGGAAAGACUACAGAAGGCUAUUGACUGGCCUAUUCCAGAUCAAGAAAUAAUUAAUCUGAAUCAGAGCACAAGUCCAGUUCACUCAACUUUCUCUAUUGUGGGAUUCAAGGAGAGUUACAAAGUGGGAGAAAAGAUCUCUGUUAUUAUCACAGCCAGAGACCACAACAAGAACCUGAAAAGAUAUGGAGGAGAUUUUUUCAAAGCAAAACUUUUCAACGCAGAGCUAAAGGCGAGUGUGUAUGGGGAGGUUUUGGAUCAUCAUAAUGGGACUUACUCUGUUGAACUUCUUCUGCCGUGGGAAGGUCAGGCACAAGUUUCUGUACGUCUAGAGCACUCCAGUGAAGUUGUGCAGAUUCUUAAAAAAUACAGGGAUUCUUCAUUCCCACGCAGCCACUAUAAUGGCUACUUUGAAGGGCCAGGACUCAAUAAAACUAAGAUCCAUGAAGUAGUAGAAUGUAAUCUUAAGUGGGGUGCAGACGGAAGUUGGAGUAAAGGUGACUGCUGCUGUGAGUAUAAGGAUAUAAAAACAGAGACAGUGUGGCAGUGUGAGAGACCAAAGGAACUUUCCUGUGACCAACUGGUUCAUCAUUCAUACGGACAUUUGGAAGACCCAUUAAAUCUUUUUGAGCAGCAACUUUUUACAAAGAAUUUAACAAAUGUUGCUAUUAGUGGAGACAAAAAAGUCAUAACUGUCCUUCGCAGCACUGCACUUAUUGGCAGAGACAUGUUAUAUGUCAUUAUAAAUAUGUUGGCACUGCAUAUGGAUCCGAACGUCUCUGACUCCAUGCUACAGAAGACUUCACCAAAUCAGGAUCUAGCAGCCAUAAGGAAUACAUGAAGGUCAGUCAUGCAUCCAGUAGCACAACUUAUGUGACUACGUCAAGGAGAUCGGCCCAUCAAGGACUUUGUUGAACUGGUUCAUUUAACAUCUAUGGACGAGAUGUUCCACAUGAUAUUUUUCAGAAGAGGCCUAGCUGAACCGCUGCAAUCGAUUAUGCCACUGCACGAUCCAAACUGGACACUGGAGUUUUACAUAGAUCUGACACAGGUAAGUGGCUCUGCCUUAACUGUGGGUGUUGUGGAUGAGGACCACCACAGUCCUGCAGUAUCUCCCACUCCAGAGUGUCUUCCCAAGUUGUCUGCCAGUUGAGAAACUUUCCACAAAAUGGCUGCCAUUCCAGAGUGUCGUCACAUCAUGGCUGCCAUUUCAGAGACUCAUCACGAGAUGUCCGCCAGCCCAGAGCCACUGCACAAGAGGGCAGCCAACCCAGCACCACUGCACAAGAUGUCAGAGUCAAGUCAGGUCCCCGUUGAUCUUCCAGAGCCUAGUCAGGUCCCCGUCGAUCUUCCAGAAUAAAGGUCCAGUCAAGUCACCGCUGACCGUCCAGAGUCAGGUCAAGUCACCAUUAACCCCCAUGAGUUAAGUAAAACCAAAGUAAAACUUCAUGAGUCUAGUCAAGUCCACGUCGAUAUCCAUGAACAAAGUCAAGUCACCAUUAGUCUUCAUGAGCAAGGUCAAGUCGCCACCAAUCUUCAUUAACUAAAUCAAGUCACAGUGGAUAUUUAUGAGCCCAGUCAAAUCACCACAGAUCUUCCAGAUAUUCAACAUGUCUCAGUUGAUAUUCUAAAGCCUUGUUACAUCUCAGCUGAUCAUCCAGAGCCUCAUCUCAUACUGUCUGGUGAGCCCAGCAAUGUUCUCUCAGCCUGUUGUGUUGCUGUCAAGGAGACUGUUACUGCUGUAGAACCGCCAGAGGUGGCGGCAACUGCUGCAGCACCUUCUGAGGUGUCAGUAGUAUCCAUCCAUGAACUCCCGUCUUGUCCUGUCACGGCUAUGGAGGCCGUCCAU